AGGGAUAGAAGUCUGGCGCUCGACACACGCGUGUAAUCCCCGUUUAAAUGUAAAACUUUAGUCUACAUUUGCUGACGACAAAAUUGGAUGUACUAUAGCGUUUUGAUGCAACUUGAUCGGAUUCAUUGUUUUUGAAAAGGAAUUAGGAUUUGUUUUUCACAUGAAAGUGUGUGGCCCCGCACUGUGUUCUGGUGCCUCCCAUGUCCUGGCCUGCUAAGCCUUGUGUCUCCUCACUGGGCCUGGGCAAUAGCUGAACCAGGGCUGCUGCUGGUACUACUGCUGCUGGUACUGGUACCGCUACUUGUACUGGUGGUGGUGGCUGUCCCAACCCGGGGGCCUGGAGGAGCCCUGUCGACCUCCCAGCCACACGAAGAUGAACAAACUGACCGGCUUCCACAAUAACAAAGCUAUGCAGGACCGCCGCUGUGUCUGUGUCUUUCUCCCCAACGACGACACGCUUAACGUCAUCGUCAAUGUGAAGACUUUGUGCCAGGAGCUGCUCAUCCAGGUGUGUGACCUGCUCCGACUGAAGGACUGUCACCUGUUUGGACUCAGUGUCAUUCAGAACAAUGAGCAUAUCUACAUGGAGCUGGGCCAGAAGCUGUCCAAGUACUGUCCCAAGGAGUGGAAGAGAGAGGCCAGCAAGGGCAUCGACCAGUUUGGGCCUCCCAUGAUUAUCCACUUCAGGGCUCAGUAUUACGUUGAGAAUGGGAGAUUAAUAAGUGACCGCUCGGCCAGGUACUACUACUACUGGCACCUGAGGAAGCAGGUGUUGCUGUCUCAGUGUAUCCAGAGAGAGGAGGCUUACUUUCUGCUGGCAGCCUUCGCCCUCCAAGCCGAUAUGGGCAACUUCAAACGCAACAAGCACUUUGGGAAGUACUUUGAACCUGAGGCGUACUUCCCCCCAUGGGUGAUAGCCAAGCGAGGCCGGGACUACAUCCUGAGACACAUCCCCAACAUGCACAAAGACCAGUUUGCCCUCACCGCCUCCGAGGCUUAUCUCAAAUACAUCAAGGAGUGUUCCCUUCUGGAUGAUGUCACAGUCCACUACUACAGACUCUAUAAGGUCAGCAGUCAACCUGGACACACACACACACACACACGCGAUAAACUUACCAGUAAACUACUAUCUCUUCCACAGGACAAAAAGGAAGUGGAGGCUUCUCUUACCUUAGGACUGACCCUGCGUGGAAUCCAAAUAUUCCAGAACAUGGGGACAGUGAGACAGCUCUUGUAUGAUUUUCCCUGGAGCAACGUGGGCAAACUGGUAUUUGUGGGGAAGAAGUUUGAGAUCCUGCCUGAUGGUCUUCCGUCGGCCCGUAAGCUGAUCUACUACACCGGUUGUCCCCUGCGUUCCCGCCACCUCCUGCAGCUGCUCAGUAACAGCCAUCGCCUCUACAUGAACCUGCAGCCUGUCCUCAAACAGGUCCGCAGGCUGGAGGAAAACGAAGAGAAGAAGCAGUACCGUGAGUCAUACAUCAGCGAUGCGUUGGAGCUGGAUAUGGACGGGCUGGACAAGCGUUCCCGGGCCAGCGGUAGCAGUGCCGGCAGCACUGUGUCUCACCUCAAACACCUGUCUCGCCACUCUACCGCCAGCCACGGUAGCUCACACACCUCGGGCAUCGAGACAGACAGUUUCCGGGCGCCCGGAGGGACCCCACAUCGAGCCCUACGGACUUGCAGCUCCUCAACGAUUAGCCAUGGGAGCUCACACACCUCAGGGGUGGAGAGUGGGGGAAAGGAGCGCAUGUUGGACGAUGAUGAGAUUGAGAUGUUAGUGGAUGACCCUAAAGACUAUGAGGAGCUCCAUGAGCUGGCCCUAGAGUUGAACCAGGACCUGUGCAUCCACAUCACUGAGGACAUGCUGACCAUGACCCCUGACCAGACCAAUGGAUACUCAGGGCUCAUAGUGAAGGACGUUGGCUCAUCCACCUCCAGUUCCUCUGAGACCGUGGUCAAGAUGAGAGGCCAGAGCAUUGUGUCUCUCCCUCAGACCUCCAUGUGCAGGAAGCCUCAGACGUCAACUGACCGCCACAGCCAAUCCCUUGAUGACGUGCGUCUCUACCAGAAGGGCUGUCUCCAUUGGGCGGAGCUAUGCCAGGACACCGCCCACAGCUACACCUUCGGCUGCGCCCAGGAGCUGAGCGACAGCAGCGGUUACCAGGGCAACCUGGCCGAGCAGUGCGCUGGUAUCCGCGGUGACCAGCUUGACUGCUUCCCCAUCAAGAGGACCAGCAAGUACUUUUCCCUGGACCUGACCAGCGAAGAGGUCCCAGAGUUCGUGGUGUGAUGGCCGAACAGGGGGAGACGGGGAUGAGGAGGAAUGGAUGAGGCAGAAAGGGUGACCUCAAGACCCCUGCUCCCCUGCCUCCACAUCUCAGAUUUGGAGGUGCCUCGGGAAACUGAAUGGGACGAGAGAAGAGGGUUGGAGGUUUGGAGAGGUGAUACUUGGUUGUCUUUCUAUUGCCCUAACCUGUCAGCCAUAACCUGUCAGCACCAGACUUGUGAAGAGUCAGAUGGACUGUAAAAGCCCUACAUCCACCAGACUGACAUCACCAGUCAACAUAACCAUGUAACCACCUGAGACGACAUACGUAACACACUAUAGAGACAAAUAACUGACAGUGAAAGCCCUUUGAGGUAUUUUCUUUGCCAAAAUGGCAAUAAAUAAAAAAGGAUCGACAUUUGCUGGGUUUCAAGAAAACCUAUCUGCGCCUUUUAAUUGGACCGAUGCUGGUUGGGAAUGGAGUGUAAAAGGAAAAGUAAGGGAAUGUCGAAAUAUCUCACCAUCACUUUUUUAUUCAAACAACCUCUUGACUGUCUGCGUUUCCAAAGCAUGUACUCUCUCCAGAUGUUUUCUGGAUCUGAUUCUUGUGCUUGCGAAGAGAAAUAAUACUUAAUUCGCACAGAAAACAAAACAAACGUUCUGAUGUUAACACACUUGCGUGUGCCUACUUCGACUUUACUAAUGCAGUGCAAACAAACAAACACACACACAGCGAAGAUAUCAAAAUAUUCUACCAUGGAGAGUAGAUCCCACUCUCCUUUCCCUACAGAAAGAAGGGAACUCUCAUUGAUAGUCAAGCUAGAUGUGCUAUGAACCAAAGACAAGUUACACUAAGCACGAAAAGAAAAUCCACUUGGCUCCAAGCCCUCAUGUCCACAUGAUUAUUAUUUUAGUGUGCAACCAACCAACCAAUGAAAUGAUACAGCCUCCAUAAUCCAUGACAGGAUAUGACAUCACCAUGCGCAGGUUCUGUAUCGUUUCAGAAUCUAGAGGUUGAUCCAGAGGAGGGAAUUUGGAUUGGUCUCAGAGUAUUUUAGAACAAGGAACGCUAAUGAUGUCCUUGUUCUCACGUGUCUCCCUUCCAUCCCUCUGUCUCUAGUAUGAAGUAUGUAUGAUGUGACAUAAUCUGGGAGCCCAGAACCAAAUCCAGCGUGCGCUAGUCUGUCACAAGAGAUUAGAAGUGACACGCCUCCGCUCCUCUCUUCACAAGGAAGUGCAAUGUGUCAACAGUUCCCCCGUAGAGUUGUGUCCUAGUAUAGUGACUAGACUGAUAUUAUGAACACACCCAACGUGCCUUCAUCACCUAUGCAGGCCCUGAACCACAACCAUGCCUUGACAAUCAAUCACAGCUUCUCACUAAGCAACGCAACACUCCCACAUGAGUCACAGAGAUCAGUUUUAAGUCAUAAGGUCAAUUUUAAGCUCUUCAUCUGUAACUUUAUUCUUGGUCAGCAGUACAUUGGUAUUUAAAGGCCCAGUGCAGUCAAAAAAACAUGAUUGUUCUGUGUUUUUCUAUACAUUGCCACACUAUGAGGAUAUAACUGAUGAAAUACUGUGAAAAAUGCCCUUUUAGUUUAAGCUGUUUGAAAUUAAUGCCUGAUAUUUUAGCCUGUUUUGGUGUGAUAGAGUUUUAGCCUGCCUGGUGACAUCACCAGGCGGUAAAUUAGUUAACAGACCAAUAAGAAAGAGUACCAAACCUCUGCCAAAAACAGUUAGUUUUCCCCUCCCCACUCAGAACACUCACAGACAGUCCUAGCAAAGUUAUUGUUCUUCGCUAAGAAGCUAUUUUUGUUUAUUUUUCACCAUUUUAACUGAAAACAGUAAGCUACUUAACUGUUACCCAGAAAUGAUUUGAUAUUGAGAUAAAAAUGGCUGCAUUGGACCUUUAAUCAUUGACUUCAGAGUUUAAACAUCGUUAUUCAAACAGUUUUAGCAGAUUAACCAAUAAUCAAUGAAGGGGAUUACCCUAAUGUCAUCUACCAUCCCUAGCCUAGCUUUAUGUUAAACGUGUCACUUAUUUAAAUCUGUGGUAGUUAGGUUCCUGUCAUGUGAAAUGUAGCCCAGAUGACGUCAUGGGCUGGUUCAAGACUUCCUGACUACAUCAUUGGCUGUGCCAGGUCUGAUGCUUGGGGCAGGAUGAGUUUCUACAUGCCCUCACCUGUCUGUCUGUGUACAGAGCUGAGGAAAGCUUAGAUGUAAUCUACACACACACACACACACAAUGGAGCUGGGUUGGCUUUAGGCCAGCUAUGAAACUGACAUUUUCACUUUGUUCUUUCUAUAUGUUGGUAGUUUAUUAUUUUUUUCACUCGGCUGUCUUUGUUAGUCCUUAAAACUGUCUUUUGUUUGUUUUGUCUCGAUAAUUAUUUUAAAUUGGAACUUGUUACAUUUGUUUCUUUCAUUUUAUAAUUUUAGCUGAUUGGAAGUAGAAAGUGUAAUAUUUUUUGUAUGGAGUGUUUUAGAACAGUGAGAUUCGUUGUAUAUGUUGAAAAGGUAUUCUUUGUGUGCAGUUGGUGUGUGUCAGUAUUAUAAGCAAAGUACACUCACAGGAGAGUUUAUUAGGUACACCCAUCUAAUACCGGGUCAGACCCCCCUUUGCCUCCAGAAGAGCCCAAAUACUUUGGGUGUCGGAAACAUUCCACAGGAAUGUUGGUCCUCGCAAUGGAAUCACGCCUGUUGCUGCAGAUCGGAUGGUGGUACAUUUAUGCUGCAGACAGCCCGUUCCAACUCAUCCGUGACAAGGAUCGACGAGUUGUGCAUUCCGAUGUGCCGGUCUGCACACCACUGUUGUUGUACUGCGCCAUUAUUUAUCUGUUUGUGGCCCGCCUGUUAGCUUCCACGAUUCUUGCCAUUCUCCUUUGACCUCCGUCGUCACCGAGCUGUUUUCGCCCACAGGACCUCCGCUGACUGGAUGUAAACCCUAGACGCUGUGAUGUACCUAAUGAACUGUCCAAGGAGUGUAUGGGACAGUGUUACAACCCUGUGACACCAAAUUCACUUAUUUUCAAUAUAUUGGGCCCCUUUUUACCCAGGUAUAGUCAUGAUUUCAACGUACAGUAGCUGAAGAACAUUGAUAACAAUCCGUUUAAUUGGCCAAGAGGCAAGGUGUGAAACCCAACACUUCACAAAUAUAAAGUUAGAUUUCUUAUACAUUACUUUCCGUUAAGGUGUGGAAACAGACAAGACUGCCCUCUCUUGCCUCUUUUAUUCGCUAUCGUCAUAGAGAUUUCUUACUAUUAAAUCUCCGAACCGUACCUACUCAAUGUAAAUUGAAUCUAGCGUUUGUCUUCCAAAUUUGUUUUACAUUCAGUACUUUUGCAUUUCUACCCCAGUCAGUAAACCUUAUUGAGAAGACCGUUUCAGUGACCUCCUCAUUUUAUGUGUAGUGAUAGUACAGUAGGCAUGUACAGUUGAAUUCCAAACCUCAUUCACAUGGUUUAAUAUCGCUAGAGUAAUGAACAAAACAAAUUACUACUUCAUUAUGUACUUGGAAUUCAAAACUACUGUGUGCCUCAGUUAAGCAAUCAUUUGUCAGUGUGGAUCAACAUUCUAGCUGAGCUUUUCCAUUGCUGCUCCAGAGAUCUUUAUUCUAGAACAUUCUAGAGCCCUCUAAAACACUUCUAGGACCUUUAGAAUGUUUCAGAAGCAGCUCUGCUGUGGUACAGUGGAGAGACCUGACAUCACUUCACUUCUCUUCACAGCUGGUCUCAUCAGCUGGACACGUUGGCCUAGAAUACUGAGCAUGGCAUCUUGGCCUAGAACCACAGAGCAAAGCAUCUUGGCCUAGAAACACAGAUCAGGCCAAGGCAGCACGAAACAAUUGUUGGAAAAAAAUGUGUAAUAAUUAAUACACUUAUGAAUUUGAUAUCGUUGUGUGAUUUCAAAGCAAAAAUUAAUGCUGUAACAGUUUAUUUCCAACAAGAUGUUACUUAUUAUUUCUACUCAUUAAUAUUGGGGAUCUGAGAAACAGAAAGAAGGUUGUUCACAUGUUGAAAUGAAUCGUUUUCUGGUAGAUUAUUGGUGAUAUAUUAACCCAGUGUGUGUCCAGGUACAUAGCCAUAAAAACAGAACCACAACCUGAAAACUUUUGCAUUCGGAUAAACUCUCUACUCUGGUGACUUAGGCUACAGUGCAUAUCAUAAGUAUUCAGCCCCCAUAGAUUUCUUCAACAUUUAUUGUUGUCAAUGAUCUACACAAAAUACUCAUGUACAUUUGAAUUAACGGAAAAUAGGACACACAUAUACGCUGAGUGUACAAAACAGAGCACCUUCCUAAUAUUGAGUUUCACCCUGUUUUUUCCCCUUCAGAACAGCCUCAAUUUGUUGGGCAUGGACUCUACAAGGUGUCAAAAGCGUUCCACAGGGAUGUUGGCCCAUGUUGACUCCAAUGCUUCCCGUAGUGCUGUCAAGUUGGCUGGAUGUCCUUUGGGUGGUGGACCAUUCUUGAUACACAUGGGAAACUGUUGUGUGAAAAACUCAUCAGCGUUGCAGUUCAUGAUGACACACUCAAACCAGUUCGCCUGGCACCUACUACCAUACCCCAUUCAAAGGCUCUUUUGUCUUGCCCAUUCACUCUCUGAAUUGCACACGUUCACAAUCCAUGACUCAAUUGUCUCAAAUCGUUCUUUAACCUGUCUCCUCCCCUUCAUCUACACUGAUUGAGGUGGGUUUACCCGGCAACAUCAAUAAGGGAUCAUAGUUUUCAACUGGUCAGUCUAUGUCAUGGACAUUGUGUCUUGAUUAGAUAAAUAUGUAACUUCCCUGAGUCAAUACAUGUUAGAAACACCUUUGGCAGCGAUUGCAGCUGUGAGACUUUUUGGGUAAGUCUCUUAGACCUUUGCACACCUGGAUUGUGCAAUAUUUUCACAUUAUUCUUUCAAACUUCUUCAAGCUCUGUCAAGUUGGUUGUUGAUCAUUGCGAGACAGCCAUUUUCAAGUCUUGCCAUUAGCUUUUCAAGUGGGUUUAAGUCAAAACUGUAACUAGGCCACUCAGGAACAUCUUGGUAAGUAACUGCAGUGUAGAUUUGGCCUUGUGUUUUAGGUUAUUUUCCUGCUGAAAGAUGAAUUUGUCUCUCAGUGUCUGGUGGAAAGAAGACUGAACCAGGUUCCUCUCUAGGAUUUUGCCUGUGGCUAACUCCAUUCUGUUUAUUUUUAUCCUGGAAAAACUCCCUAAUCCUUGCCAAUGACAAGAAUACCCAUAACAUGAUGCAGCCACCACCAUGCUUGAAAAUAUGGAGCAUAGUACUUGGCGAUGUGUAGCGUUGAAUUUGUCCCAAACAUAAAACUUAUUCAGGACAAAAAGUCCUUUGGCACAUUUGUUGCAGUAUGAAUUGUUUAGAGCCUUUUCACUCUGUCAUUUAGGGUAGUAUUGUGGAGUUACUGCAAUGUUGUUGAUCUAGCUUCAGUUUUCUCCCAUCACAGCCUUUAAACGUUGUUACUUUUUUUUAAAUGGCCUCAUGGUGAAAUCCCUGAGCUGUUUCCUUCCUCUGCUGGCAACUCCGUUAGGAAGGACACCUGUGUCUUGGGUGUAUUGGUUCACCAUCUAAAGCUUAAUUAAUAACUUUACCAUGCUCAAAGGGAUAUUCUGUGUCUACUUUUUACUCAUCUACCAAUCUGUGUCAUUCUUUGUGAGUCAUUGGAAAAGCCCCCUUGUCUUUGUGUUUGAAUCUGUGCUUGAAAUACACUACUCGACUGAGAGACCUUACACAUAAUUGUGUGUGUGGGGUAGUGAUAAGAAUGUACCAACAAAUCACAAUUAUAUCCAGUUCAAUCCCACUUUGUUAACUCAACAAAAUGUGAAAAAAAAUCCAAGGGGGUGGUGGGGGUGAAUGCUUAUGAUAUGCACUGUAUAUACACGGCCAUACUGACACCGAGUAAGUGUCUGUAUGUCUGCACUAAGUAUCCAUAGUCCUUUCUGUGAAAGGAUCUCCCUUCAGGAAAAACAUUUUUUGGGGUCAAACCCUGUAGUAGUGAAAAUGUUUUGUUAAUAUGAAGUCUGGGGCGUGCCGCCUUGGUAAUAAUACCCAUAACAAUAUUCAAUAAAAAGGUACAUUUAUUUGCCAAAAUCGA